UGUGCAGAGUGUAGCAAAGUAAAAUGUAUGUAAUACCAAAAGAAGUUCUUUUCAUCGGUCAAAUAUUCGGUUAUUUCCCACUGAAGGUGAAGGACGGUUUCAGAGGACCCACCAGACUCGUGUUUUCUUCAAAAAUAUUUGUAUGUGGCGUCGUACUCAACUUGCUGUUGACUAUUUUUACUUACUUAUCACUGGCAGUUGACUUCUGGUCAAUGAUGAGAGGCCGACCAGCGCACAUAAGUAGUAAAACUGGUGCCCUUGCUAUAACUCUAGAUUUUGUCACUUUACACUUGCUGGCUGUUAGUGUGUUUUUCAAUUCCUCAUCGAAACACCAAAUAUUUAUCGAUAUGUGCUGCAUAUUGGACAGAACAGACAAAAUGAUUCCGUAUAGGUGUGACAAAUCCAAGAUCAAAAUGAAAGUUAUCCUAGUGUUCUCCUUUCUGAUAGCGUUCUUGUCCUACAAUCUGUGUCAUGAUUUUCUAUCGUUUCAGAAGAAAAACCAAGACAACAUUCCAUACAUGAUUUACAUCCCACGCUACAUUCUGCACUUAGCUCCAGCCUUGCUGUUGAUUCAGUUCACUUUUGUUGCAGAAGGCCUUACUGAAAGGUUUCGAAUUGUGAACAUAAAAAUUAAACUGGAAAUAAAUAAACACAUUUUUGGAGCAUUUAGAAGAAGACAGGGAUACUCUAAAGAUGUUUACUCUACAGAUGCUGCUUCGACUGUUGCUUCCAUAAAGAGCAUGUCAGAGUGCUAUUGGUUGCUAUGCGAUGCCGUAAAGAAAGCCAACAUGUUCUACAACAACCAACUCUUCUUCGCGGUCUUUUCAGCGUUUGUACACGUUAUUAUCACUUUGUACUAUUUCUUCGUUGUUAUAAUAGUUAUUUCGCCAACGCUGUCCUCCCUAGCUUUGUUGGCGACCUGGAUAAGCACUCAUAUUACUCACUUAGUCCUCCUCGUUAAUUCUGCCUCGGAUGUUACAAACGCUGCAGACAGGACCGGUCCAACCAUAUGCCGACUGGUCAACAAGGACUUGGAUCCAGAAAUCAGAAAACAACUCAAAACAUUUUUGCUUCAACUAACACACCGCAACGCAAUUUUCUCGGCGAAUGGAUUUUUCCAAGUAGACAACAGCAUUUUGACUUCGAUUGCAGCAUCGGUUACUACUUACCUUGUCAUCCUAAUACAAUUCCAGACGACACAAAAUCCAGAUGAAUCCUCGGCGUCAGAUCUUAAAUUCAACAAUAUGUCAAAUAUUUCUUCAUUUGUCAAUCGAUCUUAAAUGUUCAACAUUUUUGUGUACCUUAAUAAUUAUUUUGUUAUUGAAUUGCU